CCUUUGAUGGAGAUCAAGUCAAGUGUACGUAAUAUGUUUGGAGAGAGGAGGAGAAAGGGACGGUAGCGCAUUUGGAAAUCUCAUAGAAUGACUACAGAGGGGCAUUCACCCUUGAGUAAUUUCAGGUCGUCCUUGUGAGAGGCUACCCACAUCACACACACGCGCAGCCCCCCAUUCCUCCUUCCUCCUCGCUAUCUCCUCCCCUUUCCAGCAUUACCCCUUCAAUCCUCCCCCGCUCCUCCCUCCCUCCCCCGCUCGCAGAUCACCGUAGUGGUGGCUGGGAUGGAGCGUCUUUGAUACAGCCGGUUAGCGCAUGAUCAUGCGUUUGGCUGGUCCGUGUGUGGGAUGCUGUGCGAGUCCGCGGCGGAGCGGAGCGGCGCAGCGCCUGGAGUGCGGGAAUUCAAAGACGAAACCUGCAAAGACUGAGUGAAAGAUUUGUGGGCAUGCAUGCAGCACUGACUGACUGCAUCAGCCCGCAUCUGCAGCCGAGGAGGGUUUCCCCCCUCCCGCUGUAAUAUUUAUGACAAAACGGAGUCAAAAUAUUCCGGUCACGUUUCUGGCUGACAGCCGGCUGUCCUGGAGCGCGCUGGAGUGGAGCGCGGUCCGGUGCUGGAGGAGGCGCAGCGCACCGACACCUGCAGUACAAUGUAAAGGGAAUUCCCACCAACCAAACUGACACAACCACAGAGCUGGCCCUCGUCAUCACCAUCACUUGUGACCCAGAGGAAAAGGAAACAAAGACCAUGGUCUGGUGUGGAGGCGGCUGUUGCUAUGUGUAAAGAUUUGCUGUGGCGUCAAUGGAGACUGAAGGGUAUCGUGACCUCCUAGAGACCAGCGAUGGUCAGGGGGUGGGCCUGCUGGAUGGAGGGAGCGAGGUGGGUGUGGAGGAAGGGUGGAGUGAGCCGUACCCUCUCAGCUUCCAGGUUUCGUUGACCACUGUGCUGAUGCUUGAACUUGUGUUGGGCUUCAGCAGCAACCUGACCGUGCUCGUGCUCUACUGUGCUCAAUCAAACCUGGUGGAUUCAGUCAGCAACCUGGUGACAGUCAACCUCCAUGUGCUUGACAUUCUGGUCUGCUUGCUGUGUCUACCGUUAACGGUGGCUGUCAUCCUGCUGCCUGCUAAUGAAAAUGGAGUUGGUAGCUUGGCCACACUUUGCUGCUUUCAUGAGGCCUGCGUCACAUUCACCAGUGUGGCCACAGCCGUCAACGUGCUGGUCAUCAGCUUGGACCGAUACGACAUCUCGGUGCGUCCGGCCAGUCGUCUGCUGACCCCAAGGCGUGCCGCACUUCUCCUGGCAGCAGUGUGGGCCGUAUCUCUGGCGGUCUUCUUCCUGCCCUUCCUUGAAGGCGACUUUUUCUCUUCAGCCACUGAAGAGGAUGAGGACGAAGAGCUGGAAAGGCACAGCAAUGACUCAGAGCUCACCACCGGACUGACUCCCAUUUAUUCAUCCUUCCCUCCUUCCGUUUCACCGUCUACUCAACCACCCUCCCUUUCGCACCAUCUGCCUCCAGUAUGGCAGAACAGGACUUUGCUGUGUGUUGGAGGGCAGGGGUAUUACACAGGCCUGGCCAUGUAUUAUCACUUGUUACUCCAAGUGCCCUGCUUCUUCAUUGCCGUGGCAGUGAUGCUUUUCACCUACUCCAGGAUCUUACAGGCGCUCAACAUCCGUAUCGGCUCCCACAUGAUGAGGAGUACACGUGCAAAGGACUCCACCUGCAGGAUACGCUGCAGGAGGCGGAAAAGGAAGGACUUGAGCCUGCCAACGGAAGCAGCGUCCUCCAACCAGAACCCAAACCAGAACCAGACUCCUCUAAUUCCUUCCGCGACUCCGACACCAACAUCUCCUCCACCGCUCUCCUCUAUCCCUCCAGGAAUUUCUGACAGUGGGGCAACAGUGACUACCGUCAGUACUGCUGCAACAACCCCCAUUGCAACUACACCAGCAACCCCUGCUUCUCCAACCCCAGCUUCAGCUUCAGCUCAGACCCGCGCCUCCACCCCUCUGCCUGCAUCCUCCAUGGGUGUGCAGGCCUCCGUUUCUGCAAUAAUAGCUCUGAGGCGGGCGGUGCGCAGGCACAGGGACCGAAGAGAGCGUCAGCGCCGAGUUCUAAAAAUGUCCCUGAUCAUCAUAUCUACCUUCUUGGGCUGCUGGGCUCCUCUGUCUGCAGUCAACGUUUUGAUCCUGUGCAUGGGCCCCAGCGACAGUCUGGUGAGGCUUCGCCUGUGCUUCUUAGCAAUGGCCUAUGGAACGACCAUUUUCCAUCCUCUACUCUAUGCUUUUACCAGGCAGAAACUGAGGCGUGCUCUGAAAACACGUGUCAAAAAAAGAGUUGUGUCGCUGUUGCAGGUAGACCCAGCUCCCAGCGGGGGGACCAUUAUUCAUAACUCUUGGGUGGAGGGCGGUGGCCAGAGAAAGGGUCGCAAGUCACGGGUAGAAGCCAGUGACGGCACUGAUCGGUGCCUCACGGAUACAGUGAGGGAAUAAGGCUUGAAAGUUUGAGUUUUAGUUUGAAGAGCUGCAUUUGUCUCUCCAAACUGACAGAGAUGGAUACGGGUGCGUGUGCACGCGCGCAUGUGUGUGCUGGGAUAAAUAAGUGUGUGUUGUUGAAAAAAACGAGAGGCGGUUAGUUUACAACGGUCAAGACAAAUCUCACGGCCUCUGGCUCCCAGCAGAACGGACAACAGGUGAGCUUUAAGCUUCUAUCUAAACCUGUUUCUCCCCUUCUUACAUACUGUAGGCUGGUCCACCUCUGACUGCCAAUGUGUCUCCAUGGCAACACAUGCCACAGGUUAUGAAAAGCUAGCCAUGACCACUGAAAAUACUAGUGUGCAUCCCACAUGUAGCAUAACGGGAUAGAUAGUCGCAGACACAUACAUACGAUACGGCUCCUGCGUGCACUUUUAACUUGCAUGUGCAUGCACAUGUGCACAAUUGCACGCAUACACAAUCACUCGAUACACAUGUUUCAUGUAUAGCUACUGUCUAUGAAAGCACACCAAUAUCUACCUGCACAUAUAUUCUCAGUGAAGAAAAAAAACUAAAGAAAUUAAAAAGUUUUCUUUCUUUCCCCAAUUUUCCAUGCCUUAAUUGAGUUAUUAGUAUCUUCUCAUGGUGCUGAAUGUCAGGAUGUAUGUUUACAACAUUUACACAGAGUGAAACUAAUUGCACUUACUGUAAACGGUAUGACAGUGGUGGAUGAUUGCAAACAUUCAAAUUUAAAGUUUACAGGUUCACAUGAACUCACCAAAAAUUAAGAAAGGCGGAAAAAAAUGAAUCCUCUUUAAUUUGAACUUCUACUUAGCAUCAUCUUUAUUUUUUGGGAGGAGAAUCCAUGCAGGGUCCUGCGAAAACUCUUUUUUUUGUUGUUGCUUUUGUUGACCUCAGUAGUCCUGUUGUUGAGGAACAUGUGAUUGUGUUUGUGUGUUUGCACACAAGUGUGCAGAAAAUGUUAAACUAUCUAGGAAAAAUUGUGUGUCUAGGAAAAUGUGCAAUAAAUCAUUAGCAAAGCAUUGUUCCCUAAGAUGUGAAGAAAGAGAAUGUGAGCUGGAUUUCUGUGUGUUGUACGAUUUCCAUGACAAGAAGGGCGAGAGUCCAGCUUCUGAGGAAGACUUGUGGACAGAGGAAGGAUGGAGCAGAAGUACCCAGCAUUUGUAUUUAUGUGUAUAUCAUGGGGCCACCGUAAUCCAACAUCACUGCAGCUUUAAUGAGGAAAUUAAAGGGCAAUAUUUGAGAAAAAGUUUAUUAAAACUGUCUAUGAAGCCACUGCAGGUUAUCUAGCUUCAGAGACUUGGUGAAUUUUAACAUGAAUAAAAAACUAUUGACAUGUUGCAUCUUCUGUUGUAAGCUGGGCGGCUGGCAGUCUUUUCAGACACGGCCUGCCUCUGGACUAAGACUCGGACAUGUUCCACCUUAUCAAAGACUUUCUUUUUUCCUCAGGGCUUCAUGUCAUUUCUAAACUUGCUGAAAGCAAAAAAAACAACAGAAAAUACAUCAAUCUGAAUCAAGAAGCCAGCCCUCAAUCAGCCGUUGUGUUAUGGGGUUUAGAGUAAACUGCUGUUUAUGUCACCGAGUAGAUCCAGACACUUUGUAACUUUGUAUGGACGCAAUACUCUGAAAGCCCCUUGGGCUUUGGGCUAGAACUUCUUUCCCUCUCACCCCUUUUACACUAUUUGUGAGACAGAGAGAUGAGAAUAAUUCUAAUGUGUUCAUGUACAUUUUUCAGGGAUUGUAAAUGUUGUAAUUACGUGACUGGGUUUAGGGUUUUUGUCAGAAACCUUUUUGUUUUGGCCACAAUCAUCUGCCGGAGGGACAGAAAAUUACAGAAGAGAGACAGUGUAAAGAAGAGAUACAUAUAUGUGUUUUAAAGUGUGUUAAUGCUCUAUCUGUGUACACUGUACCUUACAUUUAUGACCAUGUGAAUAUCAAAAUAUUAGUAUUGUACAAGAUUUAUAAUAUGUGUUAUUGUAUAGAAGAGAACAGAGUCUGUAUUAAAAUAUCUCAGUUCACUG